UGGCGAGGCCGUGCGGUCGGCGCGGCUGCACCGGUGUGUCUGCCAGAGUCCCCAGUGGUCCUCAGUGGCUCCCCAAGGCCUGGCGUGCGUGUGUCGCAGUGUGUCGGACACUCCCAGUGCAGCAGCAGUCUGCGGCCGCCAAGCAGAGGCUGGACUCCCGGACCGCGCGAAGCAACGCGAAGCCCUGCCGGACAGCAGGUCGAGAUUCAAAGCCAACGAGCUCGGGAAAUAACCGGUGGCCGCCAUGUCCGUGAUUUACCGGCGAUCCAUGGCUUAUCUCGACAAGUUCGUGCCGCCAAAAUACGCGCCGCUGUGGAACCACCCGGCAGGACCGAAAACGAUCUUUUUCUGGUCGCCGUGGUUCAAGUGGGGGCUGGUGGUCGCUGGACUGAGCGACUUGAAGCGGCCUGUGGAGUCGGUGUCGCUGCCGCAGUCGCUGGCCCUGUCGGUGACGGGCCUCAUCUGGUCGCGUUACUGCCUGGUCAUCACCCCCAUCAACUACAACCUGUGCGCCGUCAACGUGUUCGUCGCCAUGGUCGGCACGUACCAGGUGCAGCGGGCAGCCAGAUACCAACUGGCGCUCCGAGACUCGGAGCAAGCCGCUGAGAUGUGAAGCCAUUUCAUUUUCUCUUGGAUAAUGGUGUGGCUGACCCUAGCACCUCUCAACAGUACAAAUGCUUUAGGAACUUUGCAUGCCCCCAACAGCUGUGAUAUGUUUAGUUAGGUAAAAUAAAUACCUUCAUUGUGGUAAA